AUGUUUGUGCUACGAUGGAGCUUGUUCGUCUUCCCAUCUCCAUCUCCGUCUCUCGUCUUUUCUCCGAAGUUUUUUUUUUCUAUUCCUCUUGCUGCCGUUUCUCUUCCCUCUGCUUUCGUUUUGGUUUGGACGUCUCUGCAACCUGCGCUCCAGCCGUCGUGA